GUCACCAGAUGACGUUAAUUGUCAGCUGUGCCGCGGCGACUCGAGUCACGUCGGUGGUUGCCACACAGAUGUCUGUGGUCGUAAAACAUGAUGAAACAUGGCGUCCCGUGAGGUUAUUGCUGUGAGUGUUGUUCAGUUUUUGCAUUGUUAAAUGUGGGAUUGUCGUCGCACAAAUUGCGGGCUGACGCGGAGCGUCGCGUCCCCGGGACCGACGAGCGCGCCUGUUUGAAUCCCGUGAGACUCGGAGUCGGUUGAACGCGAAGAAAAAACGAUCCGGGCCGAGCGAAGGGACAAGACGGGGCCCCCCGUCAACACAGAGUGGGCUUGUGGGUAUACACACCCUGCGCGACCUGAUCCGAGAGCGCGGAUUUCUGUCGCGCUCGCGUGUCCGUCGCGAUUUUCUACCGUGCAAGUCGAAAUCGCGCGCUCUCGCGUGAUUAUACGGUAAAGCGUAUCCGACGGUAUGACGGUACGAUGAUCCGUACGUUGCCGAACACACGCGUUUCGGAAUGCCGGUUCCCUUGUGAUGAGAUUGUUUUAACGGGGUUGUAACGGCGCACGGGAGGACUGCGUUUGCUGCUGCCUGUUUCUCUAUCGCCACGCAAUGUCCGCAAUCGUCGAAUCUUUUUCACCGUAAACAAUGAGACGUUCUCCGACUGAUCACUGAGUGAGCAAGGUAUACACGACCGAUGGGCAAAUUCGGGAAUGUGUUUGUAAACUCGAUGUAAAUGCGAAUGCGGAAGAACGUGGUGGUCGGAGCUGUGUGUACGUUGUUGUGAGGAUGCGUGUUGUGUUACAACGGAACAGAUAGUGCUCUCAAUCUUUUAAUGUGUUCUAAAUUAUUAUCCGCGAGAAACAGCAGGGCGGGACAACGAGAAAAACAAUAAAUAUCAUUCUUGAUGUUUUGCACGUCUCUCGUGUUGCGAAUGAAAGUGUUGCUGUGUGCGGGUAGAGUAAGAAGAAAAAGGUGUGAUUUAAAGCUAUAGAAGAGAGGAGUAAGGAGAGUGUUGAGCCAUAUGCCGCCAGCCGGGCUAUCGGCGAAAGGCUUGUCUACCUUGAUGGACCACGGACAACCAGACGCUCGUCAUCGGAGCGAGCGUUUCUUACUUUUUCCAGAGAAUGGCUCCUCACAUCCUCAUAGUUCAAACACAGCCAAUUCAUCGCCACGCUAUCAGCACAACAGCAGAACCAAUAAUCAUACCACUAGUUACGGGUACAUAUAUGGACGUUCAUCUAGCAACAACAUGUCUGAUAGCAGUGUCUCUGAUACACAUAGUGGUGGAACUGCAAGAACUGUCUCUCAACAGACUAGUCCAUCUCAUGGCACACAUUCCUCCUCUCAAUCUCGACAGGACAAUAGUACUAUCAUUUUUACAGCUCUUUUUGAUUAUGUUGCUCAGGGUGAAGAUGAGUUAUCCCUGCAGAGAGGGGAAACUGUUGAGGUUUUAUCUAAGGACGCAAAAAUCUCAGGUGACGAGGGUUGGUGGACUGGAAAGAUUCGCGGAAAAGUGGGAAUUUUUCCAGCGAAUUUUGUCGCGGAGGCAGAGAGUAUUGAUAGAGUUUCAUCGGUGAUUGAUAAAGUUCAGCCUAUUGAAAUUGACUUUGAUGAAUUGCAACUAGAAGAAGUCAUAGGAGUCGGAGGAUUUGGAAAAGUAUAUAGGGGCUUUUGGAAAGAUCGCGAGGUAGCUGUAAAAGCUGCGCGUCAAGAUGCGGGCGAAGAAAUCAGUGUAACAUUAGAAAAUGUACGACAAGAAGCAAAACUGUUUUGGUUAUUAAAACACGAAAAUAUUGUACAAUUGGAAGGCGUCUGUUUGAAGAUGCCCAAUAUGUGUCUUGUGAUGGAGUACGCUCGCGGUGGUAGUCUUAACAGAGUUCUUAGUGGUAGAAAAAUAAGGCCCGAUGUACUAGUCGAUUGGGCAAUACAGAUCGCAAGAGGAAUGGAUUAUCUCCACAACAAAGCACCCAUAAGUCUCAUUCACAGAGAUCUAAAGAGUUCUAAUAUCUUGCUGAGCGAGCCAAUCGAAAACGAUGACUUCCAAUACAAGACUUUAAAAAUCACGGAUUUUGGAUUGGCGAGAGAAGUCUAUAAAACAACCCGCAUGUCCGCUGCAGGCACAUACGCCUGGAUGGCGCCAGAAGUUAUCAAGAAAAGUACUUUUAGCAAAGCUAGUGAUGUAUGGAGCUACGGCGUAUUGUUAUGGGAACUUUUAACGGGAGAAACACCGUACAAAGGUAUCGAUGCUCUAGCUGUAGCAUACGGUGUUGCUGUCAACAAAUUGACUCUGCCUAUACCAUCUACCUGCCCUCAACCUUGGAGGGUUCUUAUGGAAGAAUGUUGGGCAUCGGACAGUCAUGCUCGACCUGGAUUCACGGACAUUUUAGUAGCCUUGGACGAAGUGCGUAGCGCGUUUGCGGCAACACCUCACGAAUCUUUUCACACGAUGCAGGAAGACUGGAGACUGGAGAUCGAACAAGUUUUGCACGGAUUGCGUAUGAAAGAAAAGGAGCUGCGCUGUAGGGAAGAAGAAUUAACGAAAGCGCAAGUGCAACAGAGACAACACGAAGAGAAUUUGAGACAGCGGGAGCAAGAAUUAGCCGCGCGCGAGAUAGAUCUCUUAGAGAGGGAACUCACCGUAAUGAUCAUUCAGCAAAACACGCCUACGCCAAACAAGAGACGUGGCAAGUUUAAGAAGUCACGUUUAAAAUUGAACAAGAAAGAACCAGGGAGCAACAUCAGCGCACCUUCGGAUUUUCGUCAUACGAUCACCGUUCAACACACGGCUUUGGACCGAGGCAAGGUGAGGAACCCAUCGAGACCGAACAGUCCUCCAGGUUCACCCAGCAUUCCAAGACUUAGAGCAAUUGCAUUACCGGCGGAUGGAGUUAAGGGUAAGACUUGGGGACCGUCGACACUUCAUCAACGUGAGCGCGGGGCUAUUAUCACUCAGCCACCGAACCCCGCCUCCCCUGGCGGCAAACGCUGGUCCCGUUCCGCACCUGAUCUCGAAAAGACACCUCUGCGUACAGCCCUGUUGGCGAGCGCGCAUCGCCCCCCGCUUCUGCAGGAAAUAGAUUAUACAGCAUUACCUCCCGAACUGUCGACCGACUGGAUAACGUCAGAUUAUCCGCUGAAACCGGGACUGACCGGGCCUUACAUCAUGCCGAUGCCCGUUCCAAUGCCAACUCUCUACAACGGCGAGACGAAAAAACCAAAGCUAGGCGUAAUCGAACUGGUCCUGUACAACAUCGCGGCGAUGCUGGCCGGUGUGGCAACCGGUUACGACGUGAGAAUGUCGAACAUAUCACCGAUCCAUCCGCGGUUGUAUCCGAGAUUGGGCGAGGGCGACGAGGACCAGUCCAGAUGGUGGUUCCAGGCGGACACCGGGUCGAAUCGCAAUUCAUAUCUCGGUGCCGAUUAUGAGUUCAGCUCGAGCAGCGGCUAUCCGCACAACACUUAUCACGGACGGGCACACCAUUACAGGCCGUUCUUAAGCAACAUGGGUGGCAUAGCGCCUGGCCUUCCAUCAACGGCGAUACCGGACAAGCCUUUGCGCUUCACGGACUCUCCGCAGCAUUACACGAGCAGCACGUCGGGUUCAAACGCGCCGACACCGAGCCCAAGAAGAAAGAGCAGCGGCAGCACCAGCAACGAGGACACGUACUCGCACGAUGCGGCCCGUGUCGAUCGUCUUGAGAGAGUGCCGACAAUGUACAUGGGAAACGUCGCUCCGUAUUCGGAUUACGGACCGUCUAUUUAUCCUGUCAUACCAUCGGAAUAUUAUCGGUCUCCCGAACCGCCCUAUUAUUUACCUUCCGAAUUUCACGAUCGGAUGCUCGAAUGUCCAGAGUUUCCGCACGCGUACGACAAUCCGAGCAGUAUAAAUAGCCCGGCCAGACCGAUAUCCAGGCUUCUGCCGUACACGCAUCACCGUACCUCGUCGAACGUUUCUAACGCCAGUACGUCAAGUCAGAGCAACGUCAAUCCGACAUUCCGACUCGAGGACGAGGACGAGUAUAGCAUGUACUCGCAAGUAUUGUAUUAUCAGCGACCGUCGAAUGUCGUGACCAACGUAACGUCCGCGUACGGUUCCAUACUCAAUCAGGAAUACGGUUCGCCGUUGCUUACCCGUCAAAAUUCCCACGACUCCAACUCGAAUUCCGGCGAACGGCCGAGCAAUCUGGAAGUGGUCACGCGGCUGCGUUCGAGCUUGAAGCGGUCCAGUUACAAUCCGUACAAUUCGCCGAGCAAGAGCGUGAGCAAAAACAAUUCCGGUUCUGGCACGCCGACGAACCCGACGCCUCCGGAUUCGCUCACAUCCGAGGAUUCGAGUUAUGUCUCCGCGAAGGACAGUCAGAUCUCGAUCGGCAGGGUACGCUUUUCGCCGGUAACAUUCGAUCGCGACGGCGGGGUGCCGGCGCGCGACGCGAUUCACAGAGAGACGUUGCUGGACAUUCCGGUUCACGGCCAGAGCCAGGACGUAACGGUGCCGUUGCAAACCACCCGACGUGUUAAUCGAAGCAGGAAACCAAGCAUCUCGGAACUCGAGAGGGAAUUCUUGUCAUAGCACUGGCUUAUUUAAGAUUCACGACAAGGUUUUCACUCACGUAGGGACUGAAAAAAAUUCGUCGAUGCUUUUAUCUAUUUAUCGAUUUAUUGUAAGGGAAUGUAGAACCGAUCUCUUUAUGCCUUUUUGACUGUACGAUCACGGUUAAUUCAGAUUUAGUCUUAUAUCCGGCGAGGAAAAGAAAAGAUAAGAUGUCGCAAAAAAAAAAAAACGAAUUGCACGUUGUCGAAGCACUGCCUCCUGCGAACGACUUUCUCAGCGGUAGAAGUAGUAGUUACUCUAACAUUCCAUUGCGAUACAAUUUAGCGAGAUAUUUGUGUGACGUGUGAGAGACGCGCGCAAUUUAGAUUUUUAUUUAACGCGCGUUUAAUUAUGUAUUGUAUGUACGUGUCGCGUAUAAAAAAUAUUUCCACGAGGAAGAGUUGCGAUUACCGGUGUAUGUACAAAAAAAAAAAAAUUGCAUAUACUAUUAUUAUUCUGAGAGUUGUUGAAUAUAUAUAUUAUAUAUUUGAAAAAAAAAAUAUUAACAAACGUAGCUUCUGCGAGUUGACAUUGUUUUAUGGUUUCGUAACAUUCUAACAUUCCAGAAAUCGUUAUCGCUCCGCAAUCAGCACAUUUCAAUUAUAUAUAUAUAUAUAUAUAUAUAUAUAUGUAUAUUUAACCCUACGAAGAGGAAGAAGCGAGAUUUUCGAGAGAGAAAAAACGUGUCGAGAGAAGAUUGCAAAUUGUGAAAUGCAAGCAUAAAAAAUGCAAUUCCGCGUUUAGUAAAGUGAGAGAAAAAAAGAAAACAAAAAAAUAGUUUUUUUUUUUUUUUGUUUGACUUAACUACGGCGACGUAAUAAACACAUAUGUUUUUUCAUGUGCAAUUGUUACGUCUCGGCAAAACGAAAGUUUACAAGUUUUUUGUACUUAAUGCAAAAAUGACAUUCGUAUAUUUUCUGUACAACGUAACUUCGGUGAUACUCAAAACUUGAUGCGAUGUAAGACGACAUUCCAGAGAGAUUUGUUGUGACUAGAGAUGUGUGUGUGUGUGUGUGUGUGUGUGAACUCUGUUCUAUAAAAUAAUUGACAUUUUAUUAUUAAAAUAAGUAAAAACUGAACUUACAAGUUUAUAUUUUUGUCCAAUUUAUGUUUUAAUUAUACGGCAGCUCGAUAUUAGAGACAUUAAUAGAAACACAUGGGGUUGUUGGAUAAAUAACGAUUCGAGCUGGAGAAAACAAUCAUCUCUAUUUACAUGUACUUUAAUUUUAUGUACUUCAACGAGAUCUAGACAGCUAUAUACAAAGUACUAGUUGUAAAGUUUGUACGAACUUUUUCGCGCGUAUAAAAUUGUGUAUUAAUCUACAGUAUUUCUCCAAUUACAUAAUCUUUCUUUCUUUUUUUUUUAUUUUUAUUUAUUUUUUUUUUUAACGCAAUCAAUGUAACUAGUCAUUUGUAAUCGUAUUUGAAAGUAUACUAUUGUUAUUUUAAUAGCAAUAAAAUUCCAUUUUUCUUUUUGUACAAGCCUUCGAGAUUCGCGUGAAGAAUUGAAAAGAGGAGAGGAAAAUAGGUAUUAUAUCGCUAUUAGAAUAGUGCUUCUGCUCAAUAACACGUUCAUUGUCAUCGUCGUCGUUUUGUUGCAAUGCACAAGCGGAGAUGCGUACAAGAUUUGUAUAUUUACGCUGUACUUCCGCAUCUUACUUUCGACAAACGAGAAGAUCGAAACAGCGAUCGAAAAAAAGAAAAAGUGUGCGAUUAACGAAUAUAUACUCAUAAAAAAAAAUAAAAAAUAAAAAAAAAAAAGGAACAAUUCGAGAAACGUGUACAGUAGUAACUUCAACAUCGUAGAUAGAUCAUAAUCUUAGCACCGAUUUGAGAAAUUUGCGUCUUGCGCAGCUGCCAACGCUCUUUUUGUACCUUAAGAAAGCCAGCACGCCUCUACGUAUGUGAGAUAUAUUUCGCGCGUCUGUCAGAAAGUAUCCGAAGCGUUUAAGUAGACAUAACAAUAAUGCAGCUGCACAUAACGCGCAUUUUUAUUCGUUCAAAGGAUUCGUAGAACGAAGAAGAGAUCCUUUUAGCGCGCGAGAUCAUCGUUGUACAUAUAUAGAAAAUAAGAGCUAAAUCAUUUAUUGUACCGUUUAAUUGGGAUAUAAACGCUGACCACUCACACAUUCCUUCAAGCUCACACCGUGUUAUGCGCGAUAUCCACGAGAAUUCUCCUCUAAUCGUAUAUCGAACGGCAAAUAACAGGAUUGAUCUCGUGGAUGUUCUCUUUGUGUCGCACUUAUAACGAGCAUAAGUACUUCAAUUUAGAGCGUACGGGGUGGAGGGGGCGAGAAGAGGGUAUCGAACAAAGCGGGGAUCUGUGUUAAUUUUCUUUAAUCGAACUAAUUUUGAAAGAUGUGCAAAAAGAAACGCUUAUGUACUUUGUUAAUUCGCGUACUCUCUCUCUCUCUCUCUCUGUGUCCCCCGAAUGUGUACAUAAUUAUACGGAUCGCUGAGCAAAUGAAUUAAAUGCUUGCGCAUGCUCUUAAUUUAUUGGCAUUAAAAUGAUAAAAUAUAAGCAAUGCUAGCGAAUUUAAAUGUAAUCGCAUAAACUA